AUGAACACACAGCAGCAGAUGAUGGAGCAGAUGGGGCAGUGGAGAAUCACCGUCUGGGAGGAGGAGAACUACCAGGGCAAGCGCUGCGAGUUCCACAACAUGGAGUGCCAGAACAUCAUGGAGCGCGAGUUCCAGAAGAUCCGCUCCAUGAAGGUGGAGAGCGGCGCGUGGGUGGGGUAUGAGUAUCCUGAGUUUCAGGGUCAGCAGUUCAUCCUUGAGAAGGGUGAUUAUCCCUGUUACGAGUCCUGGAUUGGAAACUGUGGUUACAGGACCGAGCAUAUGCUCUCCUUCAGACCUAUUAAGUGUGCUAACCACAGUGACAGCAAAAUCUCACUCUAUGAGUGCAAUAACUUCCAAGGUGGUAAGUUUGAGAUCUGCGAUGACUACCCUUCCCUUCAGUCCAUGGGAUGGUGCAGCAAAGAAGUUUACUCCAUGAAGGUCAAUUCUGGAGCCUGGGUGGCCUAUCAGUUCCCUGGAUACCGUGGCUAUCAGUACAUCAUGGAGAGAGACAGACACCAAGGAGAAUACAAAAACUUCAAUGAGUACGGCACCCAGGCCCACACCAACCAGAUCCAGUCCAUUCGCAGAAUCCAGCAUUAAGUCCAACUGUACUCCGGCUGUACCAUAAUAUCAACA